AUUUAUUCAUUUCUAAAAGAAAAGAAAGUAAACGGUCAAAAUUUAAAUCGGCGGAGAUAGAUCUUGACGUUCAAUCAUACACAUACAGACAUACAGAGAGUGCAAAGUGUAAGAAAUGGAUAACAACAGCCCUCCAUACCACAAGGAGGGCUCGCCAUUGCCAACUACGAUAUCCAAAACGGAAAAACAACGUUCCAGAUCAUCAUCAAGAUCUUCAGUACCUUCAAUCUUUUUCGCCUUCUUCUCUUGUCUCGCUUGGCUUUACAUCGCCGGCAGGUUAUGGCAGGAUGCUGAGAACAGAAAGGUGUUGUCUCAUCUGCUUAUGAAGAAUUCCGCAGAGAGACCAAAAGUUCUUACAGUUGAAGAGAAGCUCAUGGUCCUAGGAUGCAAGGACUUAGAGAGAAGAAUUGUGGAAUCUGAGAUGGAAAUAUCACUAGCAAAAAGUCAAGGUUUCCUCAAGGAUCAACUGAAACAACCUGGUUUCUCUUCCAGCAAAAAACUUCUUGCAGUUAUUGGUGUUUAUACUGGAUUUGGGAGUCGAUUAAAUAGAAAAGUUUUCAGAGGUUCUUGGAUGCCAACAGGUGAUUCUUUGAAGAAGCUUGAAGAAAGAGGAAUUGUCAUACGUUUUGUCAUUGGUCGGAGCCCUAAUCGAGGUGACAGCUUGGAUCGCAACAUUGAUGAGGAAAAUCGUACAACAAAAGAUUUCUUGAUUCUUGAUAAUCAUGAGGAAGCAGAUGAAGAAUCAUCAAAGAAAGCAAAGUUCUUCUUUAGCACAGCAGUUCAAAAUUGGGAUGCAGAGUUUUAUAUAAAAGUGGAUAACAAUAUUGGCCUUGACCUUGAGGGGUUAAUUGAACUUCUUGAGAGUCGUCAUGGUCAAGAUAGUGUUUAUAUUGGAUGCAUGAAAUCAGGUGAAGUGGUUUCUGAAGAGGGAAAGCCAUGGUAUGAACCAGAUUGGUGGAAGUUUGGUGAUGAGAAAUCGUAUUUUCGCCAUGCAUCUGGAUCUCUUUUGAUUAUAUCAAAAAGAUUUGCACAGUACAUAAACAUAAACAGUGCAUCUUUGAAGACUUAUGCUCAUGAGGACACAUCAAUAGGUUCAUGGAUGAUGGGCAUACAAGCAACAUAUAUAGACGAAAACCGUGUUUGUUGCAGUGGUUCUCAACAAGAUAAGGUGUGUUCGUUGGCUUGAUUAGACUCUCAAAUCAUGGAAACAAUUGUUUACAGAAACACAAAUUAGAAAUACCAUUUGGUCAAAGUCAAAUACAUGCAGGAAAAAGUACACUAGGUAUAUGAACAAACACAAUGGAGUAAGGAGUAACAUUAAUUGGACUUGAGAAGUUUUGUUUUAUCGGAUCCAAUGAAGGUAUAAUCCCUGAUGAAUUUACAACCAAUUCUUUCCCAUU